AUGGCUUUGACGACUCCCAUUCACUCAUGGAUCCAUCUCGACAGCCAGCCAAACGCCAAGGGCCACUCAUCGACGAAAAGCCAGGUAUUUAGGCAUGUGGCAGCGCACAGAAAGCUAAAGCGACAACAGCGGACAUUGAAACUACGCGCCUCAGCUCUGGAUGUCUUGAAAACUUUGCAGGUGGCCUGCAAGGACCUUCCUUGUGUCGACAAACAUCUCUGUGGCAGUGAUGAUCCUUUUGACACACUCCCCAUACCCAUCACACCCGAGAUCAGUGAUCUCCUUUACUUCAACCGGACUCACCUCUCGCCAGCCCUAAGUGUUUCCAAAAUUCCACUACCACCGUCUUCCGCAUACUUACAAGAUGAGCUUGCUGUCCAUGGCUACCUUGCACGCAUUGCAGCCGUCAAAUGGCGCUGUUGUGGCGACGACAACGCUUUCAACCUUAUGCUGCAGAUGAAGGCAGAAGCAAUGCAGCUGCUACGUCUGAGCCUACCACAAGCAGAUCCCACUCGACUUCCCCGAGCAGUCAUGGCUCUCAUGUUUACCGAGAACUGGUGCCGGAACAUCAACUCUGCACUGGUUCAUGUGCGCCUGCUGGAAACCAUCAACACCAACUACGGACUACAUAUCGAGGACCUCAUAAACGUGCUGCACUCGGAUGUCCAGCGCGCAGCUCUGACCAUGGAGCCCGCAAUGUUUGCCAUGCAUGAAAAGAGUUGGGACAUACUUGAAGCCGAGUCUGCCUUGCCGACAGACGCCGGAUGGGACAAAGAUUUCUUGAGUGCUCGGCAUCCGAUACUCACGGAGAUGGGGCAAGCACUCGCGGCUCUGGAUAUCAUCCAGGAAGCAGAAGCCUUACAGUCACAUCGACAAGCUGCGACGAUAAAAUGCCUUCAUGUCAUGGGCCUACUCCUAGACCACUACAAUUUGUCCUCAGACAUCACCGAGAAAUACACCGCUCUGGCGGCUCUUUAUCGAAUACGACGAGAGGCCAACAUGGAACGAAUAUCGGUCUGUGGCAUCACGGUUUUCGACGCGGGCAGGGUGAUAGUUCCACGGCUAAAAGAGCUCCUCCUUGCAGCCUCAGACGAUCCAAGAGAUUUGCGUGUGUGGACAUGCUGGGUCGGCAUGAUGUCGGGGGACAGCUGGUUCUGCGAAGAGCUCGACAAGCAAUUACGCAGGGGAGAAAUUGGCAACCCCAGUGAGCUCAGCGCGAUAAUAGCCAGUGUUGAGGGUCGGCAACUUCCACAGCAAUUCGCACUUUUGGUCAAGCACGCACCCAAGGGUCAGAACAUGGAAUCAUGUGGGCGGCCUCACAUUUGA